UACUCUCUUCAGCUAUUCCAAACACCGCGGUCUCUUUCUGUCUAUCGUCUCUCCUGUCUAAGAGAUCUGCAGUUAGGAAACAUGCACAAGUGUAAAGAGAAGGAAUGCUGGGAAAUCAUUCACAUCCCAGAUAAAUCACCCUUCCCUCCCCACCAACAACCCACCGUCAAAGUUUAUGCUGCUGUCAUUGAUCCUAAGCUCACCAACACUCUUGUCAGGAAGUUAAAUCAGAUUUUGCCACUAGAAAAUCUACGUCAUGUCAAACGGGUGCGAAAGCAAUGCCUUGAUGGAGGAUCCACUCGUUUAUCGGUGAUCUUAUGUUUAGCUGGUGAAAAUGAUAGCCAAUCGGAUAUCACACCUCAAGAGGUGGUCGAGCUAAUAGAUUCCUAUCAGUUGGAAACUUUCAUUACAAAAGUAUGCAGAUAUGCUCCAGUAUCAAAAGAAGAAUGGGAAGAACAGUGCAAGAUAUGGCCAACUUCUUAUCAUCCACCAACCUACAACAUCAGUGGCAUUACUGGGUUUUCGGAGGAAGAAUCACACUCCGUUUGCACCUUCAUGAAGCUAGCACUUGAAUUGGCAAAAUGCAAAGGCCAGAUGGUGAAUGCUGCUGUUAUCGUUGAUCCUUCAACCAACCAGGUGAUCGCCAGAGCAUGUGAUCAGGUCCACUCUUGCAGCUGUUCCAUAAAUCAUGAAGUCACUACUUCCACGUCAUUUGCGUAUAGAACUCAAAAUCAUGAUAAUAUGCUUUUGAAUUCUUCAGCUACAGAACCCAAGUUGUUAUAUCACGGGGGUUCUUGUUUAAAUCCGUGGCAAUGGUCCAAUCAGAGCUCAUGUGGUAGCUCUUGUUCGUGGCAUCCGUUAAGGCAUGCUGCUGUUGUUGCUAUUGAACAUUCUGCCGCCAGAGAUAGACGUCUUUUUCCUUGCAGUGGACUUGCUGCAGAUGAUCUUGAUGAAACAGAUCAUUUGCGGGCUGAUUUAACGUGUCCGUCUUCAAAGAAACAAAAGACCAAAUCUAUGCAAGUAAAGGACGACGACGAGCUCAACUCUCACUCGAAUGGCUGCCAUCCCGAGUUAGCCCGACCAUAUCUAUGUACCGGUUAUGACAUCUAUCUUGUUUGGGAACCGUGUGCAAUGUGCGCGAUGGCACUCGUUCAUCAAAGAGUUAAGCGCAUUUUCUACGGUUUCCCCAAUCCAACUGCUGGUGCACUUGGAAGUGUUCAUAGAUUACAAGGGGAGAAAAGCUUAAAUCACCAUUAUGCUGUAUUCAAAGUUAUGUUGCCUGAAGAAAUACACCUUGAUGAAGGUAAAUCACUAGUUUUAAGAAGUCUUUGAUAAGUCGUAAAACCGAACACGCCAUCAAAUGUACCGAGAGCUGGGGCGGAUUCAGUAUUAGCGUAGCGGGUGUCGGUGCCCCGCUCUAUUGUUCUGACGCAAUGGAAAAAGUUUUAGGGGGCGUGCACCCACUUUAAUCCGAUGUGUGUUUCAUUAAGUUAACAAAAAUUUGCUUUGCAUUUCGUAGUAUAGGUUACAAGUUCGAACCUUUUUUAUCAGCAAAAAACUAUUUAUAUGUCA